GUAUUUCUCUUCGCUCGUUCCGUCGUUCGCCCUGGGAACGAGAACGAAAACCACUAUUAAAACCAGACAGUGGAAGAAUGUCAGACAUGUUUUCAUGAAAAGUUUUUUGUGAUUUUUCACGAGAAAAUGGAAGUAGAUACGCACUCGGACUCUGGAGAGAACAACGAUGGAACGUUCUCGUUUGAAGACAGCGACAGAUUUGACGAAAUGUCUUUAUGUUCAUGGGUUUCAGACCCUGAAAGUAUUUGCGGUGACUGGCGCGGUUGGAAACGAAGUGUUGUGAACAGCGAUCCUUUCCCGUCGAAAAACAGCCAGCCAAACGUCGAAAGUUUAAUGGAACUUUGCUCUAAGGUCGUAGCCGUGUCUGUUUCGUUUGAAACUGUCGAGAAAUGCUGUCCAAAUUUACCAGAACAGUUGCAGUUGCGAAUUGCUUUUUGGUCUUUUCCACGAAGUGACGAUAAUAUACGCUUGUAUUCGUGUCUGGCGAACGGAUCUUCGGAGGAAUUUUCGAAAGGGGAGCAACUGUAUCGCGCCAAAGCUGUCGUACAACCGUUGCAAAUAGGUUUGUAUUGGGCUUGAAAAGGGUUAUAUAUGUUUUGUUUUUAAUAUGAAAGGUUAUAUAUGUUUUGCGGCAAAAGUAGGGGCAACUUUUAACCACUAAUAUUUACAAUUUUCAGGAUUUCAUUUGAAUGGUAGUGUCUUACCUUAUAACCAUGGAAUGGUAGUGGCGAAUACCAACGUCGAACAAGUGCGCUCGCAUAAACCUGCCGUGGUAUUUGACCGAGGUCAUGUGACGUCCUGCAUGUGUACUUGUAGUCCGUCAGCCGCAUGGUGUUGUCACAUUGUGGCUCUAUGUUUGCACAGAAUAUACCAAUCUCAGUCAGUAGGAUUGCGGCCGCCUGUUUCCGAGUCUCUAUCAAGGUUGCAGCGGAGUCAACUGCAGAAGUUUUCACAGUACUUGAUUACCGAGCUUCCUCAACAGGUAUAAGUAUGCUGGAUAUUGUUCUAUCAGUUCUAAACUGUUCUUCCCAGAGAUUCAUUAAGGAUCAUCUCUUAUUGAUCCAUCAUUACUACAGGAGGAAACCUAAACUAAACUAACUUUAUUUUUACUGGAUAGUUCUAUCAGUUCUAAACUGUUCUCCCUGAGGUCCAGUAAGGAUCAUCUCUUAUUGAUCCAGUGUUACUACAGGAGGAAAAUUAAACUAAACUAACUUUAUUUAUACUGGAUAGCUCUAUCACUUCUAAACUGUUCUUACGAUUGUAAUGUAUUUCAGUUGUUGCCUUAUGCUCAAAAACUCCUGGAUGAAUUGCUUCUGUCCAAUGAUUCGGAGAUCAACACUGUUGUAGGGGCACCAGGUAAAAUCAGCACAAUCUAAUGUCUUCUAAUUGUUGUCUGUGGCGGUCUGUAAAUUAUUUACAGCUGGUGACAUUGUGUCGUUAAAAUUCUAGAUCCAACGGCCGGCCCAUCUGCAGAGGAUAAGAACCAAUGGUGGAUGGAUGAGAAAGCUCUUCGUGAUAACGUUAGAAAGAUGUUGUCAAAAUUCUGUGGGCCUGGACCAUACGUUUUGGAAGAAGCAUAUAACUUGCAGUUUGCAUCAACAGCGCCACCCACUGCUGCCGAAUGGUGAGUCCACGAGUGGUUCUACUGGAAAAAAGCAUUGAAAUGUCAGUAUGUACAGCCAUUCUGGCCAGUUACAGCCAAAACGGAUGUUCCUUUGCGAGCAACAUUGCAAUAUUGUCCCACAAUAUUGCAAUUUUGAUAGGUAGAUUGCUCUGAGCAAUUUGCAACCGACACGAACAAAUUGCAAGUUGAAAUUCACGAAAGAUUUGUAAACAAAGCCUCUGAUUGGACUAUUAGCAAAAAGGAAGCCAAUCAAAUAGUCUGAGCAACUGGAUUGGCGCUUCCCUCUUUGUUAUAAUCCAAUCAGAGACUUUGUUUACAAAUCUUUUGUGAAUUUCAACUUGCAAUUUGUUUGCGGCAGUUGCAAAUUGCUCAGAGCAAAUAUCUGCCUAUCAAAAUUGCAAUAUCGUGGAACAUCAGGUUUGACUGUAAUUGCAUGCUGAACAUUUAUUUUUAGGGUUCUUCAUUUAUUGAACCUUGACCAAACAUUUUUAAUGAAUCAGAUUAUUGUUUAAAAUUGCUACCAUUGAUAAAAAAAUUAAUCCCUUUAGUGCCUCUUCCCUUGAUGAGUAAAAUUGUCUGGUGCUAGACAGAGUAAAAUAAUAAAGUAGGGCACAUUAGGGUGCAAUGCAACAAAUGGGUUAACUAGGAGCAUGGAGAUAGUUAGAUUAAUCCAUUGAGUGCCAGCAUUCAUCCCUUGAAGAGUCUGGCAUUAAACAGAGGAAAAUAAUAAAGUUGGGCUCAUUAGGGCACAGUGUGAGUGGUAGCACUCUCCCCCUGACGAGUAAAAUCGUCUGGCGUUAGACAGAGUAAAAUAAUAAAGUAGAGCACAUCUGGGCACUUAAAGGGUUAACAGGGUGCAUGGGCAGAUAGUCAGCAACACAAGCAUAACUGAUUGAAUAGACACAAUCCUCAAUGUGUUUGGUCUCAUGAUAUGAAUGUAGUUAUCUUUGAACCUUUCAGGUCAAAUCUCCUGAGACCGCUAACAACUCAUGACCCAGAAGGCAUGUGGAAUCUGCUGUCUAUUGUACGAGAGCUAUUUCAACACCGGGACCCGAAUGCUAUCGAGCUUUUGCAGCUGCUGACACAAGAGUGUUUGUCAUUUGAACAAAUUGUCAUCUGGUGGUUCAACAGUCGUAGCCAGAGAUCGGAAGAGGCCAUCAGUCGUUUAAAAAGAACAAUAACUACAAGAGUAAUAUUAAUACGGCAAGUACGGAGAUGACAAAGCACGCAUGUGCUAGUUUUUGUGAUGAGCUGGUCGUAUUGUGGCGCCUGGCAUGUUUGGAUCCAGUGUUGAGUAGUGCCGAAAGAAAGAGGUUGAAGGAAAGGCUGGAACAAUGCCAUAACAAGGCGAUAGAAAAAGCAAAAAAUGGUAAAUAUUUCUUAUGUUCCGGACAUCUGUUUCUGUAUCCUGUUUCAUAUUUUCUGUCUUCAUACAUCCUCUUAAUAUGUAAUGUGCUCCUUCCUCCCUUUCUAACUUUCAUCCCUUCAUUGCUUCUUCCCUUUGCCCCUCCCUUUCCCCACCCCUUCAUUUUCCUCUCAUCCCUCCCUUCUCCCCAUCCCUCCCUCCUCUCUCCUUUCUUUGCCUUCCUUUCUUCUUCCUCCCUUUCUUCUUCCUCCCUCUGCCCCCUGCCUUCCUACUCCUCUCCUUCCCUUUCUUCCUCUCUCCCCUCCCCUCUGCCUUCCUUCCUCCCUCUGUCCCCCACCUUCCUCCCUCUGUCCCCCACCUUCCUCCCUCUACCCCCUCCCUCCUUUCCCGUCUCCCUUCCCAUCUCCCUUCCAUCCUUCAUUCCUAAUUAAUAAUUUCUUCGUAUUACAGCACGUUAUAUGGGCAAGCACGUUUUCGCGUUUGGCCGAGCUAUUGAAAACUUUCCUGGCUUUAAAAUCGCAAUUGAAGCCUGCUCGAUAGACUGGUCUCUAAUCUUGCUUCCGUCAAUCCAGAACAGUCAAGAUCAAAUGUUGUCGCAAGAGAUCAGUGGUCAUACGUCAAAUGCCGAUGUUGAAACAAAACGCGUUGAAGAUCUCAAUGAAGAUAUCCACACGCUGUGCACCAGAGCUGAAGCACUGCAGGUAAUAAUCCUUACUGAACCUUUAGGAAGAAUAGUUUAGAACUGAUAGAGCUAUCCAGUAUAAAUAAAGUUAGUUUAGUUUAGGUUUCCUCCUGUAGUAACACUGGAUCAAUAAGAGAUGAUCCUUACUGGACCUUUAGGAAGAACAGUUUAGAACUGAUAGAGCUAUCCAGUACAAAUAAAGUUAGUUUAGUUUAAGUUUCCUCCUGUAGUAACACUGGAUCAAUAGGAGAUGAAUCUUACUGGACCUCUAGAGAGAACAGUUUACAGUAGAACUGAUAGAGCUAUCCAGUAUAAAUAAAGUUAGUUUAGUUUAAGUUUCCUCCUGUAGUAACGCUGGAUCAAUAAGAGAUGAUCCUUACUGGACCUCUAGAGAGAACAGUUUAGAACUGAUAGAGUUAUCCAGUAUAAAUAGAGUUAGUUUUGUUUAAGUUUCCUCCUGUAGUAACAAUCCUUACCAGACCUUUAGGGACGACAGUUUGGAACUGCUGGAGCUAUCCAGUAUAAAUAAAGUUAGUUUAGAUCAGAAAUUAUCUAUAUCCUCUAUCGUCUAGGUACAUGGUUACCCAGAAGGAAGUGAGAUCGCUGAACUGGUUGCAGAGAAGAUUCUUACUGAAGCUAGCCAAGUGCAGGAAGGUGCAGACAACGAGGAAAGACAUGCUGAAGAUGCAAGAUGUUUUAUCAAAACGUCAGUAGUACAAACUACGUUUUUGUGUAGUGUUUUAUGCCAGGAUUCUAGCAAGCAUCAUUUAGCUUUCAGGAUUGGACUCCAUGGGUUAGAAGUCCUCCGGAGACCUGCAAGAAGUAAAGCUUUAGAGGUUAGUGGUGAUCGUGAGUUGUACAUUAUACAGUGAGGAUGUAAUUGUAUUCACCUUCGGCCUAGAUCUGCACACGUAAAAAUCUCACAAUUUGUCAACAAGAUGUGUUCGCAACAAGCUUGUAGCAAGUUUGUCAACAAGUUGUAACAAUGCUGUUAUUUUAUCAAGUUGCUGCAAGGUUGUCACUCGCAACUUGUUGACAAGUUGUUGAAUUGCAGGACGAUAACAAGUCGUUGGAACAACUUGUAACAAGUCUGUUGAGCUCAACAACGUUGUAGCAAGCUGUCAACAAGCCGUUGACACGUUGUCAACAAGCUGGGAACAAGCAGUGCUAACACAUCCUGUUCACAAGUUGUUGGAACAACAUUUCUGCAAGUCUGCUGCAGAUUUGUUAUAACUUGUGCUUACUUACGUGUGCAGAUGUCAACUAAAACGUCUUCUUACUGUGUGUUUAGGUGAAAUUAGCCAACCAGGAAACUGAGCUGGUUGGCCUUUUGAACAAGUUACCACUUGGGCCAGCGGAGUUGGCCGUCGUGCGAGAGCGAGCCAAAUUAUUGUGUCAAGGGAAGCUGGAACGAGGCCAGGCUGUUCUACCUAUCAAAUUGGCGAUAUUCUUAUUUCAAGUUUUGACCAAGACCAGCGCGACAUCGGACGAGGAUAAGGAGUUGGGAUUUAAAACUGGACUCACCGCUUUAAGUAUGCCUAUAUUAAUGAUUUCCUCCUGUAGUUAAUGUGACGAGUUUUCAACUGAUUGACCUGAUCUGUAUAACAGCCUGUUGGACAGGUUAAUUUAGGUCUCCUGUAGUAACACUGGAUCAAUAAGAGAUGACUCUUACUGGACCUCCAGGAAGAACAGUUUACAACUGAUGGAGCUAUCUGGUACAAAUGAAGGUAGUUUAGUUUAGGUUUCCUCCUGCAGUAAUACUAGGUCUAACAAGAAAACAUUCCUCUUAGAUAUGAAGGCAGACAUUCUCGAGACAGAGUAUCCAAUGUUAUGCGAAGGAAUGAGACGUCAGCGUGGUGAACUUGCAGUGGCUUUGCUAGAUUACUCCAAAGACAACACGACUUACCUACAGCAAGUCAAGGAGUGUCUGCUGGACAGGAAGCGAUACGGAUUGGAGGCUAAAUUCAAUAAUAACCGCCGUAAUAGUAACAACCAGAGAAGGAAGACAAAAGCUCGCGGUAAAACGGCCGAGAAUCGACGUACUGGGGGCUUUGGUCAGCGAGGGAGAAGGUAGGCGACUGCACUUUUAUGUACCUGGAGUAAGGACUUAGUAAACAAAAUGUGUCUUUCAUCUCGUUGACUGAGGUUUCAUUCCUGCAAUAUGCAGUUGUCUGAUUAUAAUUUCACCUCAGUCACAUGUGAGAAGAGUGCUUCCAGUUUGACUCUACCAAACACUGCAGGUUUUCUCCAAGUACUUCAGUUAGUCAGUUUCCUCCUGUAGUAAAAAUAGGCUAGUAAGGGGGUCUCCCUUAUAAAUGAUAGAGGUUUUGGGACAGGUUAAAGAUAAUUCGAUAUUUCAUGGAUGUCAGUCGCACAGUAGAAGACUGCUAAUCGUUUGAAAAAUAGCCUUUGCUCAAAAUUUUGAAAUGCUAAUAACCUUGUACUACCGCAACUUAACUGGUGAUCAAUUUUAUUCUGAAGGCAGUCCUCGAAUGACGAUGACGACAAUCCCCGAGCCUUACACGAGGACAAGCCGACGACAUCGAAAUCCACAUCUUCCGGUUCACGUCAGAGCUCGUGGAGUUCAUGCCUGUCUGAUGACCUCUCCCCCCGGGACGAGUUCAGAGCUGCUCGCGACAGUGGUAGGGACUCGGAUAACGAUGCUCAUGCCCCGGUCGGACGUUCGUCGCGGGAGGAUUACAGCGAGGGUGAAAUCCCCGGUGACCAUUCUCCUGGUGAAGAAGUGAGAAUGGAGAGGAGUAAUAGUGGACUGAUCGGAGCAGAGGGUAGCCUUAGUGGAUCACGUGGUGAUCUUCAUGAGGGUACAAGUAACUUACCCAUUGAUAUCCCUAAUGAUCGAAAUUCUAUCGAAGUGCAAAAUGGCAGUCAAGAUUCCAUCCCUCAAAAUGAUGUAAAAAAUAACAUCGCUCAGAAUGUCGACAAUGAAGAUCGUAUACCUCAGAAUGACAGCGAAAAUUGUUCACCUCAAAAUGACAGUGAAAAUGGGAUAGCUCAGGAUGACGACGGUUGGAUUGAAGAUGAUGGCUGGAAUGACAGUCCAAAUCCCAGCGCUCAGAAUGACAAUGAAAAUGCUCAGAAUGACGAUCGUGAGAAACGCUAUGGCAAAUAUGGGCGAAGUGAUAGUAAAUCAAAGCGAGGUAAAAAGACAGGCAAAUCAUAUCAUGACAACAGAUCUUUAGAAGCUGAGGCUCAUUUUACUUUUGAACUCGCAAAGAAAGUUCUAAUGCUAGCAGGAGGUGUGACGCCUUCACCCAAUUCAAUAUUCGGACAAGCCGAACCGACGACCAAUGUCACUCAAUCUAUUUGUAACCGUCCUUUACAGCUUUGUGCAUUCGAGUUAGGGUUAUUUGCCUUGGGUCUGCACAAUACAACAUGCUUUAACUGGCUAUCUCGUACCUAUUCCGCACAUGUGUCGUGGAUCUCGACACAAGCCCUUGAACUAGGAAAUGCUGCUUUGAGUAUUUUACUAGAGAAGUGGGACAAACAUUUGACCCCAGCAGAGGUGGCGUCGAUUGCGGACCGUGCGUCCAAGUCGAAUGACCAGGUCACCGUACAAACAGCAGCUCAGCUCGCACUGGCCUGCCUCUCCAUGGCACAUACAUUGAACCCGGGUUACAUUCGGAGUUCGCUCGGUCAAUGUAAGGAGCGAGGCUCGGAACUAUUGGAGCAAGCUUGUAUGGCAGUGGAGUCUGCUGCCGACGGCGGUGGAGUGUAUCCCGAAGUGCUUUUCGAGGUGGCCAAACAUUGGGAGUAUUUAUAUAAGCAAACGCAACCACAGGAAACCACUGAAAGAGUUUCACCCGAGAGUGGAUCGAAUGAAGAUAACGAAGAGCGCGUGGCCCACGACACGCGCGACUCCCACAACACGCGUGACUCCCACGAGGAAUCGCACGUGCCACGUCACGCUCCCAGCCCCCAACCAGCUCCUCAACCAGUCAUCGUGAAAAUGGCCCGAAUGGGUUUCACUCCAUCCCACCACGUGCAGGCCACGCCCUACGGUUACCGUGAGAACCGAAACUACGGGCUCUUCAUCCCCCUCCCCACCCCGGAACAGUUGGUACAACAGCAAAUUUCCCAACAAGUUCAGCACUUGAUCGAAGCGUACCAAGGGGGGAGGGGACAACAACAAGUGGCGUACCAGCUGGUGAACGCUUAUCGCGUGGGCAUGCUGGCGCUAGAAAACUUAGGACGACGGCCCGUCAACGAUCAACCUAACACGAUGCUUGCAAAGAAUCCGCCUCACAAAGCCGAUAUACACUGGUUAUGUCACAUUGCCAAUAAAGUUGGUAUUGCAGAUUUGCAGAGAUUUUGUAGGGUGUGUGUCAAUUCGAUUCAUAGUCCGUUUGUUCUACACGAGCUAUCCCUUGAAGCCGCGGGGUUGUUGGCAAAGUCGAACCCGAGCCAGAUCGCAUUCCAUCUACGAUCGUCUAGCCUCAGUCCGAUGGUCCAGAAAUGUUUAAUGAAUUACGCGCAGUGUGUUCAUCAGAACUUACAAAAUCUCCCCAAGUCCGAGUACCCGGAAUUUGUAGAGCUGAUCAUGCGCGCACGAGGGGCGUACUGCAUGGCGCCGGGAGGGAUGACGCUGUUUAAUGAUCUGCUUCAGAACGUCAGACGCAGUACUGCUAAGAAGAAGGAUCUCUGGCAGAAGAUAACGACCGGUUUAGCUCACCAACAGAAGUAAUAGGAUAGCGUGAUUCAAUGCUAAAACCAAUUGUGUGAUUGAGUGAAUGACCGAGUGUCCAAAAAAGCUAUCCAAUUAGCCAUUUCCCAAAAUCCUUGGUCUAGUCGCGCGAAUCCCAUGUUGGAGGGACAAUAUGGAAAUAUGGCAGCACACAUUCAAAUUAAAUGUUCAAUGUAAAAAGGAGAUAUUUCAUUUUUGGUCGUCUAAAAAGUUGAUAUUUCAUAGUAGGUACUUCUACUCUUUCACAUAUUUGACGCCUGUCACCAUAUAUUUCGUCCCUCCAAAACGAUCCCAGAAUGCACGGUGAUCUAUUUUGGGAAAAGGCUAAUACCUGUGUUCCCGAUUUUUACGCGGCUUGAGAAUCUUAUGUGAUUUGCAAAAUAGGUUAAAGUUGAAAGCUUCCUCGAUUAUCAUGUACACAUACACUACAUUGUAGUCCAAUCUAAGACUAAGAGUGAUUUAGUAUUUAUAUUUUAUAGUUGUAUGAUUAUUAUAAGUAUAGACUAUAGUAAUAGCCUAGACAUUUCUGAAGUUUGGGAGGGGGGCGCAGUUGCCCCCCCCCCCCCUGUGUUGUACGCCUAUGUUUACUGAUCAAACUAAGCUAUAUCCACUAUCAUAUUCCAUCAGUUCCUGAAAACAUUUGAACUUUAUUCAAUUUAAAAUCCUAGUUGUAGUCUUCGACCACCUUGCAAUUUAAUCUGUGCAAAAACUCGAAGCCAGUCCCAGUUUUUAACCAAAACUUGUGUCUAAUAUACUGAAACUAGCCGUAUAGCAAACUGGUCAUUUUAUGUAAAUUUAUAGUGAUCAAUAUUAUUCAAACUUUAGGAAUGUACUGUCUUAUAGACUAUCUUAGCACCAGUUUAUUCAGAGGCGUAGCCACGGGGAAUGGGAGGUCCGGACCCCCAUCCUACUUUUCUCCAAGACCAAUUUUGUAAUUCUUUCAAAACUGAGAAGAAACUUACUGUUUUCAUCUACGACAUAAAAUAUACAAAAUCUGUGUCUUUCAGAUUAUCAUAAAACUUUUCUAAAAUACAUGAAAUAACGGUUUGCAGACCCUAAAAAUAUUUUCCGGCGGACAUGGAAAGGAAGGUCAGACCCUCGUUUACGGGUGCCUACGCCCCUGAGUUUAUUUUAUUUGCAUAUCAUGACCAUUUGCCUGUUUCGCUACUACCACUGCUAUACCCAACAUAUCCAGGUUUUUUAGAGAAUAUAUUAUGUGUGGCAUAUCAAAAUUCAAAGUUGUAUUCAGGACUUAUGAUGCAUAAACUGCAGUCUACAUUUCUGCACAGAAUUCUCAACGUCUUUUGUGCUAAUGCGUCUAAUAUUAUCUUCAGUAACUUUUGAUAGAUCUCCAUAGUCAUCAUCACUAAAAGAUAGAAUAAAAUACUUAAAUACAACAGACAUUAUUA